ACCUAGCUUAAUUGGUUCCAAACACAUAAUGAAUAACCAUGGCAAAACUUCUUUUGUUUUGAUUUUGAUUUUAAUCAUGAUGAUCAAUUGUCUAUUUAUAACUAUGGCUACUCUGCGAGUUGGGUUUUAUAAAGAAUCAUGCCCAUCAGCUGAAUCAAUCAUUCAACAAAUUGUUCGUCAAAAAUUUCUUACAAAAAGAUCAGUCACUCCUGCUUUGCUUCGCAUGCAUUACCAUGACUGCUUUAUUAGGGGCUGUGAUGCAUCCAUACUUUUAGACUCUACGAGUAAAAACCAAGCAGAAAAAGCCGCUGCUGCGAAUUCAGGAAUCCAAGAAUACCAACUCAUAGACCUAAUUAAGGCUAGACUUGAACAAAUAUGCCCCAAAACUGUCUCUUGUGCCGACAUUAUAGCACUAGCUACCCGAGAUGCAGUUGCGCUAGCAAGUGGCCCAAACUAUGAUGUACCAACAGGACGUAGGGAUGGGCUUAUUUCACGUUCAAAUGAGGUGAACUUGCCCGGUCCAACAUCCAGUGUAUCAGAUGCCCGAAAAGCAUUUGAAGCGCAUGGGUUGACCCUUAAUGAUAUGGUUGUCCUCUUAGGGGCCCACACAGUAGGAACUACACAUUGUAGUUUCAUCAAAGAUAGGUUAUUGAACUUUAAAAAUAGUGGAGCCCCCAAUUCUGCAAUGGAGCAAGGAUUGGUUAAAAAGCUAAAAAAGAUAUGUGGAUCAAAAUUUAACGUGGAUCGUACUGUUUUUUUAGACCAAAAUACAUCUUUUAUAGUAGAUAAUAUGUACUACAAGGAGAUUGUUAAGAGGCAAGGAGUGUUAAAGAUAGAUCAAGUUAUAGCACAAGCAAAACAAACUUCUAAGUUGGUUGCAAUUUUGGCAGCAGAUAAUUCCUUGUUUGGAGAACAAUUUGCAAAGACACUAGUGAAAUUGGGGACCCUACAAGUUAUGGAGGGAAAUAAUGGAGAAAUUAGAAGAAAUUGUAGGAUGGUCAAUAAUUAGUAGGAAAAAAGAACAUGCACAAGUGAUUUUGGGCCUAUGCAAAAUAUUCGAUCUCUUAAAUUAAUGGGUUUAAUAUUGGUUAAUGGUAAACUAUAAUAGUCUAAUUUAGCUUAAUUACUGUUUUUAGACCCUAUAAAUAUGAUAAAAUAUGUAUAAAAAGUAAAAUUUAAAAAUUAUUGUGUGUAAUUGCUUCUUCUACUUGUAUAAUAACCGAGUAUACUAUUAAGUGAUUUGCUUUGUCCCAAUGAUAGUGACAUAUACGAAAUACUCCACAAAUAAACGAG